AUGGAUGCGGUGGGUGGAACGCCUGGAUACAUUUGCGGAAUUGCAGAUAAUAUGAGAAAACAUCUUCUGCUACAUUACAUGGGAUCCGAAACAUACGACGUCAUUUGCGAUAAAGUUGCUCCGGAUGCCCCCCGAGAUAAAACUUACCAGCAGAUUGUUGCAACACUGGAAGAUUAUUUUAGCCCCCGCCCGCUGGAAAUUAGCGAAAAUUUUCGAUUCAAUUGUCGUCGCCAAGGUGAUAAAGAUGCUGCUUCUGCCGACGAAACAGUGGAUGGGUAUCUGGUAGCCCUGCGGAGAAUAGCGGUUACGUGCAAUUUCGGAGCAUACUUGGAGACGGCGUUGCGAAAUCAGCUGGUGUUCGGAAUGAAGAGGAAUGACAUCCGGAACCGGCUGCUGGAGAAGCGGGAACUACUUUUGAUUGAGGCCCGUGAUAUUCCGAUGAGCAUAAAACUUUCUCGUAAGGGAGGAGCAGAGAUCGAAGGAGCCUCAUCCAGACAGGAUGUACAUGCGAUGCACCAUGCAACAGGUCAAUCAGUUCAGACCAAUUACUUGGACCAACCAGGUGCCAAUAAAAGUGACGGGAGUGCGGAAGUACGUGAAGUUUGUACGGUCGAAUCUACGUCGCGUUAUAAGAAACUUAUACUGGAUGUGUCCGUUAACGGAAAGUUCAUACGUUUUGAAAUCGAUACUGGUUCGCCGGUCAGUAUUAUCAGUUCUGAAUGUCGAAACAGACUUUUUCCGAGUGUGCGGUUGCGUAAAGAUAAUACGAAUUUGGUUAGCUAUUGCAAUACCAGCAUCGCUGUGCUAGGUAUUCUUGACGCGUGUGUGGAAUUCCGGGAAGCACCCGUUACUAGGUCGAGAAUGGCUACGACAAAUGUCAGUGGACUGGAAAAAUUUAAUACAGGGAUCGAAUGUACACGAUUACUGCUGCUACUGCUACUGGUUCUCUGUGCUCUGAUGCUGCAUUGA